AUGGUGCUAAAUCGUACAAUGAUUGCGCGAAUGGCGGCGGCGGUGGCGGUGUGGAUGGGGUGUGCGGGCGUGCUGGCGGGGAUCGUGGCGUGGAGGGUGCAGAAGGGCUUCGACGACAAUCGCAAGGCGGAGCUCGACACAUGGUGCGCCGGUCGCGCGCGCUCGCUGCAGCAGCAGUUCAUGCUCACCGCGGACCACGUUCAGCGGAGUCGCAUGGAAGGGCGUGCCGAGCCUUGCACCAUGGGGCUGGCCAGUGUGGUGGUGGGGGGGGGGGGGGGGGACAGCACACAAGGAUCCUCUGUGGCAGUGGCAGGGGCUGUUGUGGGGAGCAUGCACCCCCUCAGGCUGUGCGCUGUGCACUUGCUUGCUGCAGCUGCUGCAUGCGUCCCCCAUGCCACCAUCACCCCAUGCCACCAUCACCCCAUGCCACCAUCACCCCAUGCCACCAUCACCCCAUGCCACCAUCACCCCAUGCCUCCAUCACCCCAUGCCACCAUCACCCCAUGCCACCAUCACCCCAUGCCACCAUCACCCCAUGCCUCCAUCACCCCAUGCCACCAUCACCCCAUGCCACCAUCACCCCAUGCCACCAUCUCCCCAUGCCACCAUCACCCCAUGCCACCAUCUCCCCAUGCCACCAUCACCCCAUGCCACCAUCGUUCCAUGCCACCAUCUCCCCAUGCCACCAUCAACCCAUGCCACCAUCACCCCAUGCCACCAUCACCCCAUGCCACCAUCACCCCAUGCCACCCCGUCCCCACCCACUCAUCUCCGCUCCACCUCAUUCCACUCCGCUCCGCCCAUCCCAACCCACGCACACGUGCGUGCAUGAUGCAUCAGGCGCUGGAGGGGCUGGCGGUGGUGUUUGGGGGGGUGCAGGAGGACCCAUGGGUGGUGAACAGCAGCCUCACUCAGAGGAGCUUCGCCAACUACAUCUUGCGCACGCAGCCCGCCCGCCCCUGGGUGCACUCCGUCGCCUACAUUUGCCUUGUCAACGGCCCCGACAGGGCGACCUUUGAGCGGCGUGUGGGGUGCGUGCUGGUGGACACGUCGUACCAGCCAUGCCCGCCCGCCGACUGGUACAUGGACGUGCGCCUGUGGUUCGACGCCUUCCACCCCUUCAACCGCACCGAGUCCGCCACCUAUUGCCUCGACAGCCGGCAGCAUCCCACGUAUGGGGCGCAGCUGAACCGCGUGAAGGAAACUCCCGAGAAGAUGCUCGCGGAGCCCACCGUGCUCACCAAUGGGCAUCCAGGCAUGGGUGAGCGGGCAGGGCUGUUAACUGGGCUCAUCUCAAGCACUCUCACACACCUCUAUCCCUUGUGCCCUCUUUCUCCCUUUUAUUCCUCCUGGCCCCCCUCUCGUUCUUUUUUUGUGGGUUUUCUCUGUUUCAGUCUUCCCUCCUCCCCCCUUUCCCAAUUCCCUUUUAUUGCAUUUGGUUUUAUGCCUCUCCGUGUUGCCCAUUGCCUCUCCGAGCCGAGUCCUCUAGGCAUGAUGCUCCCGAUCUUCAAGGGCAACGUGACGGCAGCAUCAUCGUUGCAAGAGAGGCAGGCAGCACUCAUGGGCGUGUUUGCAGCGAUGGUGGAUUUCACCCGUCUUGCCGACUUCAUCGAUCUCGAAGUGCUGCUGCAAGGCAUGGAGUACUCUCUGGAGAUGUAUGACGUCACGGCCACGGAUGUGCUCCCCGGCUCCUCCACCCCGCUGGGCCCGCGCCUGCUGUACGGGGCGGGCGACCUGCCUCAAGGCAACCCCAUGCACGUCAACAAGCUCAUUCCGCCGUCCAACGAGACCAUGCUGCAGCCACACCGCCACAAGGCCGUGCACCACAUCAACCUCACCGACUCAUCAAGAACGUACCAGCUCUGGUGCCGCCCUCCCACUCACAGCCCUCCCACUCACACCCCUCCCACUCACACCCCUCCCACUCACAGCCCUCCCACUCACUCCCCUACCACUCACACCCCUCCCACUCCCACUCACACCCCUCCCACUCACUGCCCUCCCACUCACAACCCUCCCACUCACAACCCUCCCACUCACAACCCUCCCACUCACAACAACCCUCCCACUCACAACCCUCCCACUCACAACCCUCCCACUCACAACAACCCUCCCACUCACACCCCUCGCACUCACAACCCUCCCACUCACAACAACCCUCCCACUCACACCCCUCCCACUCACAACCCUCCCACUCACAACAACCCUCCCACUCACACCCCUCCCACUCACAACCCUCCCACUCACAACAACCCUCCCACUCACAUCCCUCCCACUCACAACCCUCCCACUCACCAAUUCAUCACGGAGUUGCCAGCUCUGGCGCCCGCGAGUCGCUUCUUCAGAUGCAUUGCUCUUCCUCCUUGA